AGGAUAUUAACAGAUAAAUGACAGGAGAGGUAGUGUCAUCUACAAGUUUUUCCUAUUUUGUAGCUCUCACCGGACUGUGAGCCUUAUAUCUUAUCUUAUAUCAGGAGAAAGGAACAAAAGAGAUCACACACUCUGGGGCUCUUUUCCCAAAAUGACUUUACAGUUCACAUCUUUGCUGCUCUCAGCCAUCUUACUGGGUAGAGCUGAAUGUAAUCGUAUCUGUUCAUUGAAUGACGUGCUACAGAAUAUCAGUCUGGCAAGUAUUCCAGGUGCAAAUAUACGUCCUGUGAAGAACUGGCAGACACCUUCAGAAGUCUUUAUACACGUAACCCUGUACAGUAUUGUUAGCUUGGACACAAGUUCCCAAACACUUACAACAUACAUCUGGUUAUAUUUGAAAUGGAAGAAUGAAUUCAUAUCCUGGAACCCAGUUGACUUUUGUGAUAUUGAUGAAGUUACCAGUCUGGGAGAUACAUUGUGGAAACCAGACCUAUACAUUUAUCAAUUGGUAGAACCAGAUGAUAAAAACCCAGUGAUUCCUUACUACAGGAUACAGAAUGAUGGUGAUAUCGUUAGUAGCAAACCUUUAAGGAUCAUCAGUUCCUGCAACAUUAAUAUCUUCAAGUUCCCAUUUGAUACACAGACUUGCAACCUAACAUUUGGUUCUUUCAUUUACACUGUGGAAGAUAUUAUCAUGUUUCCGAGUUUAAAUUCCUCUGAGGUCAGCCAACUCUCUUUGGACAGUUUUGUUAGCAAAGGAGACUGGAGCUUGUUGGAUGUUGCAGUGGUAAACCAAAGUCUGGUUGGUGAUGGACAGUUUAGCGAAGUUACUUAUAUGAUAACCAUGAAACGGUCCUCUGUUGUUUUUGUAAUUAAUCUCAUCGUCCCAGCUUGCUUCUUGAUUUUCCUGGAUUUUGCCAGUAUGUUCAUACGGAUAGGGGAAACGCUUGAAUUUAAAAUAACCAUUGUUCUGGGGUUCUCUGUGCUCUUGCUGAUCUUAAAUGAUAUGAUGCCAAGUUCUGACAACCCCCCUAUGUUAGGUAUUUUCUGCGUUGUUUGUCUGGCUAUAAUGGUGAUCAGCAUCCUUGGUUGUAUCCUUACCAACUACAUGCUGACAUUGUCAGACAUGCAACCAAAUGUCCCGAACUGGAUAAAGACUUUGAUCCUAAAACAUUUAGCGCGUAUCCUGUUUUUUAAGUUGUACAAAAAUGAGCAAAAUCUUGUAGUCUCAGUAGAUACAGAUCCAGGUGUUAGCAAAGCAUAUAACCAGCCUGACAUGGAACUUCAAAAGAAAAAGAAAGAUUCAGACAAAGAGAUUAAAAUAACUCCGGAAGUGAGAUUAUUAAAAAAAUUGUUGGAUGAAGUUCUGAAGAUAAACCAAAACCUGAAAUUGUCCAAGAAUGAGCAGGAUGCCAAGUCAGAGUGGUACAUGGCUGCUCUUGUGGUGGAUAGGCUGAUUUUAUUUUUGUACUUAAUUAUUGUCAUCAUAAUAUUCAUUGUUCUUAUUAUUGUCUGGGCCAAAUAAACUAUAUUUAUAUAAGCAAA